GUCGACUCGUGUCCCUACCUUCGGCAGAUUAACAUCGGUGUUGAUCAUCAUGAAGCUCAGGCUCCGAUCUCUGGAAUCCAACGAUACCCUCAAGCUCGACGUCCCCAAUCCCUGCUCACUCCCCCAGCUCCGCCAGAUCCUCGCCGAUCGCCUCUCUCCUGCUCCUGGCUCCUCCUUCCGCCUCUCUCUUAACCGCACGGACGAGCUUCAGUCGCCGAAUCCCGCCGAUUCUCUCCAAUCUCUCGGCCUCGCAUCUGGCGACCUCGUCUAUUACACCCUCGACCCUGAUGGUUUCGCUUCCCGGGGAGAUAAUAGCUCCUCGGACCCCAAUUUCUCAGCAGGCGCAUCGAAUCAGGUUUCUCAAGGGCACGCGGACAUGGAUUCUGAAGAUUUGCCCAAUUUAGCAGGGCGGCCUCGGGAGGUCGCGGAUUCGGAGAUGGCCGAUUUGGUUCCUGAAGAUGUGCAGAAAGUCGAAGUUUCGGGAAACACUGAAGAUCGAGGUAAUUCUGUUCCUGAAAGUGAUGAUUUUGAUGGCGAUGGCUUUGUCGCUGUGGAUGGGUCGGUUGUGGUUCGCAGUAAGUUCUCUGAGCCUUACUUUCUGAGGAGGGUUUUGAGGGAGGAAUUGGGUGGUGACGGUGGUGACCAUAGACUUCUAGUCAUAGCGGUGCACGCGGUUAUGCAGGAAUCCGGUUUUGUCGCUGUUGAUCCGGUGACUGGAAUUCCUGCUGAUCGUUUCCAUCUGCCCGAUCAAUGGCCGUCGUCUGCAUUCACCAUGUCAUUGCGGUACAGUCUGCCUGUCCUUGUGUCUAGGCAGAGCGUCAAUAUGCCUGAGAGUGUUGUUUUGAAAUUUCAAAGCUUAGGUCACUUUAUAACUAUCUAUGGAUAUCUCGCUAAAGUCAAGUCAGGACUGCGUAGAAUCUGUUUGGAUGAGCGAAGGUUUGCACCUACUAUAGACGUGAUGUUGGCAAAAGGCCAUAAUAAUGUUGAAGUGAAUGAGGAUGGUGGUCCGAUUUCAUAUUCUGAAAAAGAUGUGUUUGAGUUUUGGAAGAUUGUGAAAGAUGGUUUGGCAUUGCCGCUGUUAAUAGACCUAACCGAAAGGGUUGGUUUGCCGCUCCCAUCUUGUUUCACAUGCCUUCCCACGGAACUGAAGCUCAAGAUUUUUGAAUUGCUUCCCGGAAUUGACCUUGCGAGGGUAGGAGGUGUGUGUUCGGAACUUCGAUAUUUGACAUCCAAUAAUGACUUAUGGAAGCAAAAGUAUGUGGAGGAGUUUGCAGAGCGGACAGAAAGGCGAGGGAUGAUCAAUUGGAAGCAAAGUUUCGCAUGGUCCUGGGAGGCGAAGAAGAAGACAAAGAGGGAGAGUAGUUGGUGGCAGACGCCUUCUCGUGUGGACAGGCCUUUCUACUUCAGGAUCAGGAGGGAUCCAAACCCGUUUGUUUUUCCAGCAAUGAUAGGUGGAGACUAUGACCGCCUACCUGGGUUUGGGGUUCCUUCUCCUUUUGGCCAGCCAUUUCGUCGAGUUCCAUUCCGGCGUAACUUUACCCCCAACUGCAAUCUGGGAGGAUUGAAUGGCUGAGGUGAGUUCGUUUUGUACGGAUCAGGAUGAUGUCGGCCGAUGGCUGCUGAGAUAUGAUGGCUCUCGAGGCAUCUGUAAUGGCCACAAUUGUGUACAGAUCUAGGUUUUUGGCAAGAUAAACGUGUGUUGUCAGUACAAUAAUGUAAAGGUUGAAUAUUUGACUGUUGCUUUUUUACUUUUUUGGUGUGCCGGAGUUCUCCCUAAUCCACCAUGCUGCUAUCUCGCCCUUUCCUUGUCCAGUCUUUUGAGAACUUACAAUGAAGUUGAUGAAACCUGACCUGCAUUUCUUACUAUCACUAGUUGUUGGUUGCUAUCGUUGGAGGUAAUGUAAUUAUCCAGGCUUUUUACUGAGUUGGUGUUAUUC